AUGAAGGUUCAGAUUCCAAUUGAUAUUGUGGAAAUACUACUAGCUGAGAUUGAGAUCGUUGAUAUUGUAGGUCAGAUUGGAUGGAUCAGGAUCGGAACUAUCGAAGUUGUAGUUCAGGUUGGAUGGAGAAUUGAGAUUGUUGUUGAACAGGUUGAGUAG